GAAUGAAGCCAGUUGGGAGCACACGGGAGGAAGGGAGAGAGGGAGCCCGCCUCCUCCUAGAUUGGACGGCGGCAGCGGCUCUGUAGGCGGCUCUGUAGGCAGCGGCAGCACCACCACCGCUUUCGGGACUGGGCGACUGAUUCCCAGGAUAGGCAGCGGGCAAGGCGCAUCCUAGCGGGGAGGUGUUCCCCCCUCACGUCGCUGCGCCACUACCCGCCUUGCUACCCUGUGCGUUCGCGCAUAUCCAGCAUGCUUAGGCUAAGGCUGCCGCUCUCCGCCCUCGGAGGCGCAAAAGGAGGCAGGCGCCCGCAGGCGGCGGGCUGGUCCUGAGGAGUUUGGGUCUUUUUUAUUAUUAUUAUUAUUAAACCUCCGUCCCCCCCUUUCCUUUGGUUCCUGCGCAGCGGCCAUGAAGAGGCACCGAUACUUGCUGGAGGGCGCCGCCGCGGCCGCUUUUGCCGAGGGCGAGAGCGAGGGCGGCGGGUCCAAAGAGGACGCCGAGCGGGGCCCCCCGUGCCUGUGCUGCCGCCGCCGCAGCUCCCGCCGCGACUGGCUCUACGAGUCCUACUAUUGCAUGAGCCAGCAGCACCCGCUGCUCGUUUUCCUGCUGCUCAUCGUGAUCGGCGCCUGCCUGGCUCUGCUCGCCGUCUUCUUCUUCGCCUCCGGGCUGGAAACUGAGGACCACGUGGCGUUCUUAAUAACUGUUCCAACAGCCCUGGCAAUUUUCUUCGCCAUAUUUAUCCUUGCCUGCAUAGAGCCGUUAUUCAAGAAGUUCCUUCGUGCUUUUUCUCUGGUAGUCUGGGUGUGUUUGGUUGCCAUGGGAUACCUCUUCAUGUGGUUUGGAGGAAUCAUCUGUCCAUGGGACCAGGUGUCAUUUUUCUUAUUCAUCAUUUUUGUGGUCUAUACCAUGCUGCCGUUCAACAUGCAAAAUGCUAUAAUUGCCAGCGUUCUAACGUCUGCAUCACAUACCAUUGUGCUGAGCAUCUGCCUAUCAUCGACAGACAAAAUCAAGGAACACUUGGUUUGGCAGAUCCUGGCAAAUGUUAUCAUAUUUAUCUGUGGGAACCUGGCAGGAGCAUACCACAAACAACUGAUGGAACUUGCUCUACAGCAAACAUAUCAGGAUACCUGCAAUUGCAUCAAGUCACGGAUCAAACUGGAGUUUGAGAAGCGGCAGCAGGAACGUCUCCUGCUUUCUCUGCUUCCUGCUCAUAUAGCCAUGGAGAUGAAAGCUGAGAUCAUUCAGAGGUUACAAGGACCCAAAGCAGGCCAGCUGGAAAAUACAAACAACUUUCAUAAUUUAUAUGUCAAAAGGCACACCAGUGUAAGCAUACUGUAUGCCGACAUUGUGGGAUUCACUCGCUUGGCUAGUGAUUGCUCCCCUGGAGAACUGGUGCACAUGUUGAAUGAGCUCUUUGGCAAGUUUGACCAAAUUGCAAAAGAAAAUGAAUGUAUGAGAAUUAAAAUCUUGGGAGAUUGCUACUACUGUGUGUCUGGUCUCCCUAUAUCUCUUCAAAAUCAUGCCAAGAAUUGUGUGAAAAUGGGACUGGACAUGUGUGAAGCCAUAAAGAAGGUCAGAGAUGCAACUGGAGUUGAUAUUAAUAUGCGAGUAGGGGUGCACUCUGGGAAUGUCCUUUGUGGUGUGAUUGGACUGCAGAAAUGGCAGUAUGAUGUAUGGUCACAUGAUGUUACACUAGCCAAUCACAUGGAAGCUGGAGGAGUUCCAGGCCGUGUUCACAUUACUUCAGUCACCUUGGCACACUUGAAUGGAGCUUACAAAGUGGAAGACGGAGAUGGAGAUGUAAGGGAUCCGUAUCUCAAGGAGCAUAAUGUGAAAACCUACUUUAUAAUCAAUCCCAAGGAAGAAAAACGAAGCCCACAGCAUCAUUUCCGACCCCGGAAUACUCUAGAUGGAGCUAAAAUGAGAGCAUCUGUUCGUAUGACCCGGUACUUGGAAUCAUGGGGAGCAGCCAAGCCGUUUGCUCACUUGCACCAUCGGGACAGUAUGAUUACUGAAAAUGGCAAGAUCAGCACCAUGGACAUGCCUAUGGGUCAGUAUAAUUUCCAGCAUUGUAGAGAAAGAACAAAAUCUCAGAAGAAAAGGUUUGAAGAAGAACUGAAUGAAAGGAUGAUUCAAGCAAUUGAUGGAAUUAAUGCUCAAAAGCAGUGGCUUAAGUCUGAGGAUAUCCAAAGGAUAUCAUUGCUCUUCUAUAACAAAUCACUAGAAAAAGAAUAUAGAGCAACGACCCUACCUGCGUUCAAGUACUAUGUGACUUGUGCUUGCCUUAUAUUCUUCUGCAUUUUUCUUGUGCAGAUUCUAGUACUACCCAAAAAGACUGUCCUUGGAAUCUCCUUUGGAGCUGCCUUUCUUGUGCUUUCCUUCAUUGUUUUUAUCUGUUUUGCUGGACAGCUUUUGCAGUGCAACAAGAAAGUCUCAGCCUCAUUGAUGUGGAUCUUGAAGUCGUCUGGAGUCAUUGCAAACUACCCCUGGCCACGGAUCAUGCUCACUUUGAUAACAACCUCUAUAAUAUUAACAAUGGCUGUAUUCAACAUGUUUUUCUUGGAUACUGAUGGCGAUGAUGCUGUGGUUGAAUUCCUCCCCAUGCUUAAUUCAUCAAAUGCAAGUUCUCCUGAUACAAGUAGUCAGAUAUUCUCACAUAUGCAAACCAACUAUUUUUUCCUACCAUACUUUAUCUACAGCUGUAUCCUGGGCUUGAUUUCCUGUUCUGUUUUCCUCCGGAUCAAUCAUGAGCUGAAAAUGGCAAUCAUGCUGGUUGCUCUGGUGACCUACAAUGUCAUUCUUCUGCACACACAUGGCUCUGUGCUGGACAACUAUAGCAAAUUCCUAUAUACAAUGGCACCUCUAAAAAGGCCAGGGAUACUGAAAGAUCUGAAGACAAUGGGCUCUGUUUCUCUUUUCAUUUUCUUCAUCACACUGCUGGUACUCAGCAGACAGAAUGAAUAUUACUGUAGGUUAGAUUUCCUGUGGAAGAACAAGUUCAAAAAAGAGCGUGAGGAGAUUGAGACCAUGGAGAAUUUGAACCGGCUGCUGCUGGAGAACGUGCUGCCUGCUCACGUGGCUGAGCAUUUCUUGGCAAGGAACUUGAAGAAUGAGGAUUUAUACCACCAAUCAUAUGACUGUGUUUGCGUCAUGUUUGCCUCCAUUCCAGAUUUCAAAGAAUUUUAUACAGAAUCUGAUGUCAACAAAGAGGGCUUAGAAUGCCUCAGGCUUUUAAAUGAGAUCAUUGCUGACUUUGAUGAUCUGUUGUCUAAACCCAAAUUUAGUGGCGUCGAAAAGAUCAAGACCAUUGGGAGCACUUACAUGGCAGCCACAGGGCUAAGCGCAAUGCCCAGCCAAGAACACGGUCAGGAGCCUGAAAGACAAUACAUGCAUAUUGGGAGUAUGGUGGAGUUUGCAUUUGCCCUUGGGGCAAAACUGGAUGUCAUAAACAAGCAUUCCUUCAAUGACUUCAAGCUACGAGUAGGAAUUAACCAUGGGCCUGUAAUUGCUGGUGUCAUUGGAGCUCAGAAACCACAAUAUGACAUCUGGGGCAAUACUGUGAAUGUGGCCAGUAGGAUGGAUAGCACCGGUGUCUUAGAUAAAAUACAGGUCACAGAAGAAACCAGUAACAUCUUACAAACACUGGGCUACAUUUGCACCUGCCGAGGUAUAAUCAACGUCAAAGGAAAAGGGGAGCUUCAGACCUAUUUUGUACAUACUGAAAUGACAAAGUCCCUUUCACAAGGAAAUGUGGUGUCCUGAAAUAUACUCUUGGGUGUGGAGGCAGUCCCACAUUUUUAGAGAAAAGGAUUGCACAUUUUUCUUUACUCUCUUUCAGCCCAUACCAUGAACAUGUGUGUAAUUUUCUGGUAUAUAGAAAUGUUGCUGCAGUAACGUCUACAGUCCAGUCCCACCAUCCAGCAUCAAGAGACCUUAAUAGUCUUUAUGUUCCAGGAUGGCUAAAGUGUGUGCUGUGGGCUGGGAAGACUUAACGGCAACUUGAACUGUCAACUCUUCAUUGGAAAAGAAAGAAAAUUUGAAUGUAUUUCUAGGAAUUAAAGGCCUAAGACUUUGGGAAACUACAAAGAGGAUUUUAAGAGAGAAAAUUAAAAAAAAUCUUAUGGCAAUAAAACUAGAGCUGCAUGGAAAGUUUGGUAGCUCCCCCAUAACAUCGUCUAGUCCUGAAUUUGUAAUAUCUAAUCCUAUCCCUUCAUCUACUACAACUAAGGUGUGCCCACCAGUUGUAUUAUAGCCAAUAACAGAAAAUGGAGCCCCUGGCUGACCGGCUUCUCAAAAGAAGUGUAGCUGAACAGGACCAGUUUUGUACAAAAUGCGUCCAAUGUUUUGAUGCCAUUGUCUUUUGUAAAAUUAACUCAUUAAAAGUUUGUAUGUA